AUGACACAGUCCAAAGCCACCAAUUCUGAGGACGAAAUGCGAGAGGCCUGGGGUUAUCGAUUCAAAUGGACCAAAGACCACCAGACCCCAGAGCAGUAUGACCAUCUAAAGCACUCUUGUGAUACACUGGGCGAGGAGUGUGCGGUUCUUCUGAAUGAAAUGUAUCCGCCUGAGCGCAAGAGUCAGCAAGACAAACAAGACUCCAAUACCACAUCCCCUGACGGAGCAAAGACUGAGACUCGGGCUCCGAAAUGGCGGGAUCUAUACGAGCUGUUCGUCGAGCAUCACACAGAGCAUCCGAAGCUGGAGCAGCUCUGGGACGAGGUCAACACCACGCCUGACUGGGUCGACUGGGACCAGAUCGCACGCGGCCAAGAUGUCCUAUACCGCUACGGUGGUGCUGCCUUUACAGGCCUGACAUACCAGUCGCUCGUCGGAGGCACAGCCGGCGCUCGAGUCGCCGAGGUAUUAGGCCGCACGGGCGGGUUCAACGUAGACACUGUCUUCCGCCGUAUGCUCGAAACAACAAUCUACUUCGUCGACGUCACCGAAAGUGUCGACAGUCUCAAAUUCGGCGGUCGUGGCUUUGCAAGCUGCAUGAAAGUGCGCUUCCUCCACGGCACUGUACGCCGUCGUAUCCUCCAACUCGCAGCCAAGCGCCCUUCUUACUUCUCUGUCGAAAAGCUUGGCAUCCCCAUCAACGACUUGGACUCCAUCGGCACCAUCGCUGUCAACUGCGCCACCAUAAUCUGGCAGUCCCUCCCACGACAGGGUAUCCAUAUGCGCGAGCAGGAAAUGAUCGACUACGUUGCUCUGUGGCGCCUCAUCGCUUACUACAUGGGCACACCGACCGACUUCUUCUCUUCGCCGGCCAAGGCGCGCGCUAUUAUGGAGUCUCUGUACUUAUACGAGUACAACCCGUCGAGCAGGUCGCAGACACACGCGCAGAACAUCAUCAUCGCCAUGAGUGACACGGCGCCCAGCUACGCCAGUAAGCCGUAUCUCGAGGCCACUGCGCGCUGGCUUAACGGUGACCCCCUUGCUGAUGCUCUGGGCAUCGGUCGGCCUAGCAAAUACUACACGGUGCUGGCAGCAGGGCAGUGUGCGCUAUUCAUGAUUGUCUACUAUACCUGCCGCGAUAUCCCAGCUCUGGACCGCGCUCAAAUCGCGGCGUUUCGUCGAAAUGUUAGGGACUACAUCAACAACCCACAACUCGGCCUGGAUCACCGCUCUGCCUUUAACUUCAAGUACCUGCCUAGCUCUGGCGAGUCCAAGGACAAAGACAAGGGCAGGAGUCUUGCUAAGACUAAGAAAAUGGUAUUUUGGACUGCUGAUCGUAAGGCGCUUGCUACGCUGUUGAUACUUGUAGGCACCUUAGUGGCUGCAGCCUGGGCCGCCCUUCAUGUUGUCAAGCUUGGAGUCAAUCUCCUUCCUUUUAAAUAUUCUUAUGUAUCUUACUCGCCUUAA